AUGGCAGCGGAUACGAAUGAGUUACCUUUAGAAAGCAGGCAAUAUCACCCCUUAGUAGUUGUGGAAAGGAAGCUUGGAAUAGACUUUUCAUCUUUGACAAUAAUACUUAAAGAAGCUCAUGAGUGCUUUAUCAAAUUGAACAAAACGCAACAAAGGGAACUUGAAGAGGUUACACGCGUAAUGGUCUUACUGAAGCCUGAUAAUUACACAGCGAUGAAUCGAAGGAAAGACAUGAUGUUGAAAGGCUACAUCAAUCCAAAAGCAGAAUUGGCUUUGAUCGAACUAAUAUUCACUGUACCUAGACACUCUAAGAGCUCUGUAGCAUGGUAUCAUCGUCAGUGGAUACAUUCACAAUUUCGGGAUAAUUUACGGAUUAAUGUCGAAAAAGAAAUGGAGUUAUGCAAGAUUACAGCUGAAGCAAAUCCUCGAAACUAUUAUUCCUGGACUUAUCGCAUAUGGAUAUUAUCAACAUAUGGCAUUUCAGAUCGACUAAUAGACAAAGAAUAUAAUGACGUGUGUCAGUGGCUCACACUUAAUAUCAGCGAUUAUUCUGCAUUUCAAUACCUACACAACGUUAUUAUUGCACAUAAAAAUUUUAAUAGAAACAAACAUACUGAUUGGAUAAACCAGCUUAUCAUCAAAUACCCCUUUCAUGAAUCUCUGUGGUAUCAUAAAAGGUUCUGCUCAAGCUUGUUUAUAAGUGCAGAGGAUUACUGUGCCCAACAGAAGCAGUUCGUUGGUGAAGUACUGGAUGAUAAAUAUAGUAAUCGAUCAUUAAUUAACUCUGAUCUUGAAUUAACCAAACAAAAGAUAUACGCUGCACGCUUUAAUAAGUGGCUAUCAUUCGUGGAGAAUCGGCAUCAUGGUGUAUCCGAUACUACUUUACGAAAACCUGACACGCUAACCGGCAUUUGA